AUGGCUAUCCCUAGUGUCCUCGCUUUUGACGCUGAGGGUCGGGCCAUUGACUUUGAUGUCUGGGUAGAUGACCUGCAGCUUUUCCUACAGUGCGAUAGGGCAGACGGUCUCUCCUUCUUUGACCUCACCUCUGGUGCCUCUCCUGCCCCUGCUGCUGAUGCUGACGACACUAUUCGCUCACAGUGGGCCACACGCGAUGCUGCUGCACGUCUUGCUGUGCGGCGCCACCUGCCUACCUCUGAGCAGUUCUGCGCCAAGAACCCCCCCCCCAUGUACAUCACUCUCUACUACAUAGUCACCCGCCUCCCUGACUCCCUUCGCGUAGUCAGGGACCACUUCCUCUCAGUUUGCCCCACCACCCUCACCGUUGACCUCCUCGAGAAGGCCCUCCUAGCAGCGGAGAAGAGAAUAGUCACUGUAGGAGCCUCUCGUGGUGACCUUCGCACCCCCAUCUUUGAGGGUCGGUCGGUGCGGCGUCUACCCCUAGCGGGAGACGCCGCCCUGGCAAGGGCAAGGGGGGCAGGGGCACUGGAGGAGCUAGCGGGGGCGGUGGAAGCGGCGGUGGAGGCGGCAGAGGGAGUGGGGGUGGCGGUGGGGGUGGUGGCGGGGGUGGAGGUGUCGGUGGCAGCAGUGGAGGCGGAGGCGGCGGCGGUGGCGGUGGGAGCGGAGAUGGUGGCGGAGGUGGCGGCGGUGGAGGAGGCGGUGGCGGAGGAGGUGGAGCUGGUCGGGGUGGCACUGCGCAGAGGGUCGGCUCCGGUGGUGGUCAGGGCCAGCAGCACUAGCAGCGCACUCGUGACAUCCCCUCCCCUCAGCAGCUCCUGCGGGGGUGCGCACUCCACCCAGCGCUGCUUUGGCCGCCUGACGGACGCUUGGCGUCACCAGUUCCCGGAGGCCACGGAGAUCCCCCGCUGGGGUGAGCUGUCUAGGGCGGGAGUAGCUGUCUUUGAAAUUGACUUUGAUGCUAUUCUUGCUGCCAUGUAUGCUGUGACUAUUAGUGAUGAGGGUGAAUGUUACCGGUGUUUUCCGCCCGACCCGGGCAUUGAGACUGCCGCUCUAGGUACUAGUGAGGCUGCUGCUCUAGGUGCUAGCGAUGCUGCUGCUCUAGGUGCUCGUGCGUCUGGUCCCUCAGGUGCUGGUGAGUCUGCUCUCUCAGGUACUGCGUCGGCUUCGGCCUCCCACACCUUCACCCUUGACUCGGGGGCUUCUCGCUCCUUCUUCCGAGACCGCACCACACUCACGCCGCUUGGCCGGCCAGUUGCAGUCUCUCUGGCAGACCCCUCUGGGGGUCCUGUCCUUUCUCACUACUCCACUGUCCUCCCGUGUCUGGCGGCCCCCUCUGGCACCCUGUCUGGUCUUUACCUCCCCUCAUUCUCUACAAACUUGGUGAGUGGUGCUGACCUACAGGAUGCGGGGAUUCACCAGUUCACUCCUGCGCGUCAGCGGGUGACCCACUGCACGGACACUCGGACAGGCCGACACCUGGCCACGUUUACACGUCGGCCGAGGUCGAGCCUGUACACACUGACCACUGCGUCUCCUCCAGUCACUGCGUCUGGUCAGGUAGCUGCGUCGGGUCAGCACCACCGCCUUGGUCACCCCUCCCUGCUUCGUCUCCGAAGCAUGGCCUCCCGUGUCCUUGUCUCUGGUCUCCCCCGGUCCCUCCCUCCCCUUCCUCCUGGGCCUGGCCCUACCUGCGUCCCCUGUGUCGAGGGGCGGCAGCGGGCUGCCCCUCACUCCUCCCAGUUUCCUCCGACAGAGGCCCCGCUGCAGACGCUUCACAUGGACGUGUGGAGCCCGGCCCGCGUCCGUGGACAGGGUCACAAACGCUACUACCCGCGUUACACCACAGUCUUCCCCUUGCGCAGCAAGGGUGAUGUCACUGAGGUGUUGAUCGACUGGAUCCGCGCAGCUCGUCUCCAGCUCAGGCAGAGCUUCGGCUCGGACUUUCCUGUUCUGCGUCUGCACUCUGACAGAGGCGGAGAGUUCUCCUCUGGCCUUCUGCGAGCCUACUGUCAUGCACGAGGCAUCCGCCAGACCUUCACGCUUCCGGACUCUCCACAGCAAAAUGGGAUUGCUGAGUGCCGCAUUGGCAUGGUCAUGGAUGUCGCUCGUACGUCCAUGAUGCAUGCGGCUGCCUCCCAUUUUCUGUGGCCAUUUGCGGUUCGGUACGCAGAGCAUCAGAUCAACCUUCACCCCAGGGUCUCCAUGCCGGAGACCUCCCCAGCUUUGCUGUGGACGGGGAAGGUUGGCGAUGCGUCUGCGUUCCAUGUCUGGGGAUCUCGGGCGUUUGUUCGCGACUUGUCUGCGGACAAGUUGUCCCCUCGUGCUGCUCCUUGCGUCUUCCUUGGCUUCCCCCCUGACGCGCCAGGGUGGCAGUUCUACCACCCCACCUCGCGCCGUGUUCUGUCCUCCCAGGACGUCACGUUUGACGAGUCGGUCCCCUACUACCGCCUCUUCCCCUACCGCACUCCAUCCCUCCCCCCGCCACCGCUCUUCCUUGUACCAGUCGAGCCCGUCGAGGUUACUGGUGACUCUGGUGCUGCUGAGGGUGCUGAGCCUGGGGGUGCUGACUCUGGGGGUGCUGAGCGUGUGGGUGCUAUGCCUGGGGGUGCUGAGCCUGCGGGUGCUACUACUGGGGGUGUUGAGCCUGGGGGUGCUGCGACUUGGGGUGCUGAGCUUGGGGGUGCUGAGUCUGGGGGUCCUGAGCCUGGGGCUGCUACGCCUGGAGGUGCUGAGCCUGGAGGAGCUGUGUGA